AUGUUGUUCGCGUUGCAAGAGUUGGUGAGAUGGUUGGGGCUGACGGUCUUCGAAAUGUUGGUGCAUCUUAUUGCCCUGUUGAUUUUUACAGUUUUUUUGGCACUACGAUUAGAUGAUGUCGCUUUUACAUCAACUAUACCAGGUUCCUAUGAUAUAUGGAUAGUGUUUUCGCCAUUAUUUGUAGCAGACGCGCUAUGCACAUACUUUAAUGUCAUUGUUUUGAUACGUCUCUACAUUGAAGGUCACAUCAAAGAAGCUGUUACAAGAACUGUAUGGUCAUCAGCCUUAUUGUUUGUGUGGUCUUUAUUUAAAGUGUUACUUUGCAGAAGACUAGCAGGACUUUCAAAUCUGGAUUAUUCAGAAAUUAUGUCGCCCAUAUUCAUUGUGUUACAACUUAUUGCCAUACGUGCGUGUCAGCUACACUAA